AUGAUCAAGGCACAAGAAGAGGAGUUUGUGUCAGAGGAGGGAGAGGAGCAGGUCAAAGAGGGAGAGGAGCAGGUCAAAGAGGGAGAGGAGCAGGUCAAAGAGGGAGAGGAGCAGGUCAAAGAGGGAGAGGAGCAGGUCAAGGAGGGAGAGGAGCAGGUCAAAGAGGGAGAGGAGCAGGUCAAAGAGGGAGAGGAGCAGAUAGCUUACCUCAACUUCAGGCAGGAGUUUGGCCCUCUUGUUGCUACCCAGCAUGAGCAGUAUCGCUACACAGCUUACAGGCAGGUGGUGCGCUGGGCAUAUGGCAUCCUGGGCAGGCACAUACGAAAGCCCAUACCAUCAUGCAUUGUUUCCAUAAUAAGGAAUUCCUUUCCAGAACAAGGGCAGUACAAAGGCUUUCAGUGGGCCAACUUACCAAAUUAUGAAUGA